ACUUGGCAGACUGACUUCCCGCAAACGGUCACACCCCGAAAUACACUGUACUUUUUGCAGCGAAAAUAAUAGCAAUUUGAUAAAUAAACGCGUCAAUUGCAAUCUACAAACAAAUUGGCCAGGAGCUGGCGCAACCCGAUCCCCGGAUUUGCUGAUGAUGGUUGGGAAAAACUUCAAGGCUCUAGCGCACUUUCACCGCCUGACCGAGUACAUAGUACAGUGCAAGCACUGCGACAAAACACUGUCCUCCAAACACACCUCCUCCAACCUGACGCGCCACUUAAUCCAACACAAGCUCUUGGCCCGCACCAUUUUCGCCGGCGAGGAGGGCAAGAUGCUGGCGGAGCUCAAGGACGAGCUGGAGGCCUCCGAGGACCUUAGCAUGGAGCUCGCCGAGGGCGAGGGCGAAACCAAGUCGGCUGUGCGCGGCAUCAUGGGAGUAAAGCGCGAUCGGGAGCAGGAGCAGAUGGAGCGGCACAGCCAGGAGGCUGCCGAGAUGCGCAACAAGGUGAUUGGGAAGAACAACAAGCUGUGGGCCCACUUCAUCCGCAUCUCCGAGUUCAUGGCCAAGUGCAUGCACUGCGGUAAAACCCUGUCCUCGAAGCAUUCUUCCUCCAAUCUAAUGCGACAUAUUGUGCGGCGCCACAACAAUCUGGCCAAAAGCCUGAAUCACUCUCACCAGCACCUUAUGACGCCCAAAAAGGAGGCCAACUCCUUCAGCGGCCUGGAGCGCCGGCAAACGGCGGCUGAUCCUGAGAAAGUCAACUUUGACGAUGUGGACAGCAUCAUUGAGAAGGUGGCCGAUCACCUGGACGAAGAGGAACCCUUCUACGAGUACGUGGUGGACAACUCGGACAACUCCGUGGUGGUGGACCGGUGCGAGGAGACGGAACCAGCGGACACAAACAUGAUGCCGCCGGACAACGCCUCGCUGGCGGAGUCCACCACCCAGCUGGACGAGAAGCUCAAGGCGGAAACGAUAUACUACAACGAGAUGGCCGAGCUGGCCAGGGCCAAGCGGCGGCUCAUCGACCUGCAGACCAAGAAGCUGCUCCUCGACAUGAACGUGGUGGACAAUAGCCAACUGACGAUUAUUACGGCUUGUAUUUGUAGGGAAGAUAAGGCGGGCAAUAUGAUAAAUUACACUUAGGUACGAUUAUACUUUAAACA